AUGCGGAGGUCGAGAUUUGGCUGUCGGAACUGCAAGCUUCGAAAACUCAAGUGUGAUGAACAAAAACCACAGUGCAGAAGAUGUAGUUCGUUCGGAGUAUUAUGCAACUUCAUGUCUAAUAUCCCCGACCUCCAACCUGCCACCGCUGAUACAGGAAGGCCAUUGGUGGUUCAAGGAAAAGCACAGCUUCGGCCUCCUCUCACCAAUGCCGUCUGGACAUCUGACGCAUCAACAUUCUAUCAAUUGAACAUGAAAUGUCAGGACUUUAUCACCCGCUAUUAUGGACGAAGUCUCAUUACCCCAGACGACCCGAAUAUGACACAAGUGAAUCGCAAGCUUCUGGAACUAGCCUUUACCUACCCUUUCUUAAUGCACGCCUCUCUAGCCGUGGCACUUACAUAUGACCGCCAUAUGAAUGGCCCCUCGGGCAAUCACCGCACUCUAGAAGAGUGUUACCACUGGUCUCAAAGUACGGCACUCUUAAACAAACGACUAAGGGAACCAAUUGAAGCGAAAGAUAAAGAUCCAAUCUGGGGUACUGCGGCUGCUCUAGUUAUCCUGGCCUGUUCGUCUCCCGAUGCACACGCACCGCAACAAGCAUGGCCUCUGAAGUCCUCCUCCUCCGAUCUGGACUGGUUGCGCAUGAUCAAGGGGAAAAUGUCACUAUGGCACAUGCUCAACCCGCUGCGACCAGACAGCCUGUUCAGCGUCAUGGCGGCGACCUUUGCUCACAUGAAUUCACCGUUACCAAACGAAGGCAUAGAUAAUAUCCCGAGGGCUCUGGCUGCCGUGUGUAACCUCAGAGAUUCAUCUACGGCGGAAACUAACCCGUAUCUCCAUGCUGUGCAUGCAGUAUCCCAGAUUUUGAAUCUUCCGGAUAGCGAGGUUACAACGGCUCAUGCUCACAUCUUCACGCGGUGUAUCGACGGCCCUUUCGAAGACUUGCUCCGCCAAAAGGACCCUGCGGCAUUGUUGUUGCUCUAUCUAUGGUACCGUAAAGCGAGUCGCAGUAUAUGGUGGAUUGAGCUUAGGGCUAGAGUGGAAUCUCCUUCUAUCUGCAUGUAUUUGCGACUGCAUCAUCAAGCGAAUGGUGCUAUACAAGAAUUCCUCCCGGGAGGGGCAUUCGCCGAUGGAUUGAAUUAA